GGUGAAAAAUUUCAUGCGGGUUGAAAUACAGGCUAAUGUUUACGUCGGGAAUUCUCCCCUUCGUUAAAUUCAACUUAACCUAAUAUAAAUAAACAAAAAAUUGAAAUGAAACUGCAUUCAGUUUGGAAAUUACUUUUUAAAAUAAGCUACAAUUCUAAUAGAAAGGAAUAGUCAAAUUGAAUAAUUUUAGGCCAGUUACAACUUGUAUGGUUUAGAAAAAUAUUUUAUAGAACAGUAAUGGAUGAUAUAUUACUGGAAGAAGAAUUCCAAUUACAUUUAAAAUGCAAUAGCAUAUACUCUGUUCAGUUAAUGCGGCAAAACAUUAAUUUUUACAAAAAAGACUCUAAGCAGUCUUUAAAAGAAUUUAGAUCAAUUUUGUUAAAAAAUGUUAUUGGCUGUAAUGUUUUUGAAAGUUGUGAUAAUAAAAAUCCAAUCCCUUGUCUAAAAAUUACUUCAUUGGUAAAAAACAAGAAAAGAGUGCGUACAAAGCAAAGUGUAGUUUUUUGUUUUGGCGAUAAUAAUAAGGGUGACAAGAAAAUAUUUGAUGUAUGGGUGCGCACAAUACUUUGGUUACUUGAGGAUCCUAGCAUAGAUAGUGAACAUUUGAAGGCAAAAACAGAAUGUCCAUUAAAAAAAAAAUAUCUAAUUGUCAUUAACCCCAAAAGUGGGCAAGGUAAAAGUGAAAAAAUAUUCAUUCAACAAGUUGAACCAAUUCUCAAAGAUGCACAUGUUGUAUAUGAAACAUUGAUUACAGAAUAUGCAGGUCAUUGCAGAAAUUUUGCUUCCACAUUUGACUAUACAAAGUUUGAUGCAAUAGUCAUUUGUUCAGGUGAUGGAUUGCUACAUGAGUACUUUAAUGGAUUGUUUGAAAGAUGUGAUUGGAAUGAAGUACUAAAAGUUCCUGUCUCUAUUUUGCCAACUGGUUCAGGAAAUGCUCUGGCAGCAACUCUUAUGUAUUCUGCUAAAGAAGCUUUUGAAGUCUCAAGUUCAGUUUUUAUAUUACUCAAAGGAAAGUCUCACCCUUUGGAUUUAUUUUUAAUACAAACAGAAAAAGAGAAACGAUACGGAUUUCUUAGUGUUACUUGGGGAAUGGCAUCAGACAUAGAUAUCGAAUCUGAAAAAUACAGGUUUAUGGGUGGUACAAGAUUUACUGUUGGAUUUAUAGAGAGAGUUUGUUCAUUGAGACAAUAUAGCGGAAAAUUUGAAUAUUUAGAAUUUGAUGAAAAUAUUUGUGAGCAAGGCGUCAUAGCUACUGAAUCGGACACUGAAACAUGUGAUAUUGAAAGAAGUGUUAUAAAUGAGACAAAUGGUAUAACAUGCAUAAAUAAAUCUGGUUCUUACGGUCCUUCAAGUUCCCUUUCACCUCUGAAUUCACAAGUUCCUGGUAACUGGAAAACAAUUGAAGGCGAAUUUAUUAUGCUAAAUAUUAAUUUAACCUCGCAUUUAGGGUUAAAUCUUCAUAGUUCUCCUGGGUCAUUAAUUAAUGAUGGUCGCAUGUGUGCUCAAUUUGUUAUGAGUGGGAUAAGUAAACGUAAUAUUGUAAAAAUGUUUAUUAAAAUAGAAGAUGGAAACCAUCUUAGUAUGCCAGAACUUCAAACAAAAAAUAUAACAGCAUUUCGAAUAACGCCAUCUCCUGACAGAAUUGGUCAUAUUGCAGUAGACGGAGAAGAAGUAAAUUAUGGAGUAAUCCAAGGAGAGAUUUUUCCUUCUCUUGGAAAUGUUAUUUCAAUUCAUUACUAAAUUAUUUAUUAAUAAAGUUGAAAUUAGA